AUGUCGCGAUCGAAUAACGACACGAUCUCACAGAACUUGUUCCGCAUCUAUCACGAUGUAUUAGAACAGAGUCUUUCUUGCUGGAUAGCCGAAGAAACAUGUCCAUACACGGAUAAGCGCAGCAUGCGAGUGACGCAGGGCCGAUCCCCCCGAUGGAUGGCGGAAGAGCAGGGCACUACCUGGUCCAACAGAAUAUACUCCCGUGUUAUCCGGUUCGACCGAUAUGCUCGCUCGGUAGGUUUGAUUCGGCUAACUGCGAGGGAGAACCAAGCGGCUACCAAGUCAUUACACCUCGCCAUCAUGGCCUUUACCAGUCAAUGGGCUCAGGGCAGUCGUCGUGAACGGGAGCAAUACGCGCCAGCGUCGGAGGGGCUAAAUGCGGAUGACUUGGUGCAAGAGUUUGAUCGCAACAUCCAAAUUUCGUUAUGGGAGCAGGCGAAGGAGGCGCUGAAAAACACGUCUGGCAUAGAGUGCUUCAGGGUUGCCUGUGCCGAGCUUAUUUUCGGACUUUGCCAAAAACCAUGGGAUUUCGAAGAUAUCGAGCCCAUGGACCGUUUCGAAACUCGGCCGCGAGAUGUCCGUGGGGCCAAUAACGACACUACCUCCCUGGCGGCAAGACUUGACGCUGUCAUAGCCAAAGAUGGUACCCCUACUCACAUGGAGAACGCGGCUCGCAAGGCACAUGCAAUAAAGUUCCGCUGGGAUGCUCAACGACGAGGCUUAACAACUGGUGGUCAAGUGAGCGAAGAGAGCAGACAGACAGCAGAUUCACUAAGUACGGAUGAACAGCAGCAUGAAAAGACCGUGGGUCUAGUAUAUUGGCUUGCUGUUAUGUUCGAUACCGUCUCUUCGUCAACGCACGAGAGACCGGUUGUUGUGGCGGAUGAGGACUCUCAGCACUGUAACGCAUCUGCUUCUACCGACACGUCAACCGAUAACACCUCACCGAGAUCCAGCGAGAGCGGCCUAUCCAUUCGACGAUGGUCGACGCCGCUUUUCAUCCAGGACGAUCCCGAGAGGCCAAUGUAUAUGCCACACUGGCCAUGCUCUUACGAAGCCGCUGCCGAGGCCGUAACCCGAUCUUGCUCAGUUAAGGUCUUACUCCACCGGCACGUUUCAUGGUUGCAGAACGCGAUUCGAAGGGGGGACUGCCCCGAAUCCAUAGAGGGCAUUAUCCAGGGUACCGUGUUGCUCUACCGAUACUGGAACACGACGUACGGGCCGUUCUUUAAGGACCUCGUCCGAGAUUUCCCCUCUGUACCGCCCCGAAUCCAGAGCUGGUCAUUUUGCUUAUCGUCGCACUGGCAUUUGGCAGCCUUCAUCUUUGCUGACCUACUUGACUUUGUUGACAAGAACCAGUUGGGUAGUACAGAAGCCAGCCAAACCCGUAUACAGAUUAGUGUGGCGGAGAGAAUCCGGAAAGCUAGCGCCAAUGAGAUAUCCGACCUAGCCAAAGUUUCCGUGCCAUCGGAGGCAACCGACUCGACGCACUGCAACACCACCACACCUCAGUCCCAGUCCCAGCCCCAGUCCAUGCCGCCACCCGACUUCCAUUUUGCCGUCAACAAGUGCACGAUUCUCACCGAGCCAUGGACCAUGCUCAUUAUUAGAGGCUUCACGAAAGCAGGAGCUAUUCAUAUUGCACGAGCACAAGACUUGUGGCAGGCGAGGGUGACAGAUCCGGGAUAUGAAACUCACCGAUUAAACUCCCAAGCCCUUAUCUUCUCCGGCAGAACGCCUAUUGCUGUGGCGCCCUAUGAUCUCCUGUCCGCGACGACUAUGUCAACAAUCGGAAACGAGGUUGUAGGCGCUGCCUGCGAGGCUAAUCUACGGGCACUCCAACAAACCUUUAACGCCACCUGCCGCACUGGUACUCCCAGUACAUCUAACAGCGUCGAGUUUCAAUCCCAGUUCGCCCGCUUUCUCAAGAGCUUCAGCAUCCCCCGGUGUCCCUCUCCCCCAACUCUAACCUUGGCGACUGGUGUUAGGUCCAUGGGUCUCAUCGCCGCCCUCGCCACCAGGCAGGUGGUUAUCUUGAUAUCUCCUGGCCUGGAUACGCCUCCUUAG